AAGCACCUUGCCAAAUAAGACCAACGUUCCAUUCGUACUCUUUUGCCCUUGUGAACUCUAAAUCUAAAUCUAAAUCUGCCUGCUGGACACCGAGUUUGUACCGGUGAAACGCACACGAGGAGGGGAGAAUUGCAAGCGUCGUGGAUACCGUUACCAAAAUGAAGGAAUCCUCGACGAGAGGGGACGGGACGAUGGUACACACGCCGGGAUACGAGUUGAACGCAAUCACACAUGAUUAUAUACGAUCUGCGCCGACUCUACCGCUGUCUUACCCCGCCCUCGCCAUAAUCCAUAUAAUCCCGCUCACCACAUCCCUUCUAUCCCCUCCCAUCACUCAUGAAACUCUACACAUCCGGCGUCGCACUCGUCACCGGCGCCGGCCAAGGCAUCGGCAAAGCCACCGCACUCUCCUUUGCCGAAUCCGGCGUACGCGGCCUCGUCCUCGCAGGGCGCACACCCGCUCCUCUGCACGCCACUGCGCUCGAAUGCAAAGCCAUAGCCGAGAACACGGAUCUCGACAUCCUCGUCGUCCUUACCGAUAUAAGCAUCGAAGAGUCCGUCAAGAACCUUAUGAAGACCGCCGUAGAUCAUUUUGGACGAGUCGAUUAUUGUGCGAACGUCGGCGGGAUGAUGGGAACCAAGGCGAAAUUCUCCUCCAUAUCAACCGAAGACUGGGUCGCCAUCCAGCAAACGAACAUCAACGGUAUCUUCUGGCUCGUGCGGGAGCAAAUCAGCGUCAUGGAGAAACAAGAACGGCUCGUCACGCCGAUCAUGUCUCCCAAGCGCCCUGCUGAGCGUGGGAGCAUCGUCGUGCUCAGCGCCGCAGCAGCAGUGAUCGCCCUACCCGACGGAGGUGCCUACACUCACACCAAAUACGCAGCAAAUGGGUUGACGAAAGCUGCCGCCCAAGACCACGCCUCGAACGGCAUCCGCAUCAACGCCAUCCUACCGGGCUACAUCUACACCGAGGGCCUCGCUUCGCACCCUGCCGCCACGCCCGAAGCUGCGAAGCGCAUCAUCGACGGGUGCCCUCUUGGCCGGUUUGGAGAGGCGGGGGAAAUUGGCGACCUCAUUGUUAUGAUGAGCUCGCCGAGGAAUGGGUUCAUGGUUGGGAGCAGCGUUUUGGUCGAUGGAGGCCAGACGUUGAGUGGGGAGUAAUGCAAUUUGAUUUCAUUCUUUUAUCCUGCUUUUCGUUGGUGUGCAUUCUCAUGAGGCAGACCGUUAUCGAGUAGAAACACCGUGACUUUUUU